AUGUCAGAGAUGGGUUUAGCUGAAGCUACGAAGGCGGCUAAGAACCGCAGAACUAUCAGUAUCUCUAGAAAAGACACCAUGUCUGCAUUCCAGCUUUUUUCAAGUUUCAGUAGAAACGAUGUUCCAGUUCCAGUCUUGGACGGGGAAGAAGACUGCCAUGCAAGGUACAAGCGGGGGUUCGCGUUUUGCUGCUCUGGCGGAGCUUGGAGAAGGAGAGGGGACGAAGACAGGCUCUGCAAGACCUACCUUUUUGUGCUUUGUAUGGAGCGGUUGGGGCAUUUGAUUGAUAGAGAGGUUAGCUCGGGUAGAUGGAAACCAGUUCAGUUGGGUAGAGGAGUUGUACAAGCGCAUCCUUUCUCUUUGUUUUCCCUAUGUGUUCACUUUUCCCCUUUCCCCAUAGAUAGGGACUCUGUCCAAUCACCCAUUGAAGGUGAACCAAUGAAGAAAGAAGGUAUUACGAUAGGUGAACAGGCGUUGCGGAUUGUAUGCACAGCUGUCCCUGGCCUUAAGGCUUCGCUUCGGUGCAUCUUCCUUCUCACCAUUUCCUCUAUUAGGGACUACAGCAUUUUCUCAAUUACAUUGACCCUUGAUUCCCCUUCUUCUUCGUCUAUCGGUAAAGCGGUAUCUUUCGCCCGUUCGCUGCGUAGCAGCUCCCCUCUUCUCCUAUCGGCAUUUGCUUGUUCGCCCGCGGAUAUAAAGUCGUCAGCUAAUAAAGUCAGCUAUGGAGCUUCUCUGGAAAAGGGCCGAUUGGGUUUUCAAUCAGCGAUAGGACCGCCAAAACGUACGAUAUCGCUUGCUACUAUGGAAAGUCCAGUGCCUUCGUUUCACUCGUAUCCAUGGCAAGUCCCUGAUUCACUUCUCACUCUCGAGGAAGGAGAGCAAAGUGAGACUCAAGGUCCCACUAAUUUAGCUAAGCUUAGUUUCGUAAGAAAGUUGGCUAAAAGCACUCUGGGCGUAGUGGGGAUACGAUUCAACACCCGAAAUGCAGAGGAAGGAAGUUUGGACCAAAAGAGCGGAGGUUUAAUCUAUCCAACAAUUUCUUUUCAAAAGUCGUCCGAAAGGAAGGGAAGUAAGAGGGUCGAGUUUACGAGUUGUCGCUCCUCUGUCUUGAAGAAAGAAGCUCAUGCCAUCUCCUUUUGUAUCCACUAG